ACUAUUGUGAAUGGCAUAUUUUAUGGUAUUUGUCAAAUAUGUAUGCUUUUGACAGAAGACACUUGAAAUAGCGAAGCACAAAUUAAUUGGUGUUUAUUUUUCUUCGGUUGGAAUUUUGUAAAAAGAAGCAUUUCAUUGUCGAGGAACAAAUUAAGGGAUCUAAUAAGCGGCAGCGAUUGUCAGUUCUUUGUAUACUGAAAUUUGAGAACCCAUGUGUGCGGCAAUGGAGUCUUCUAAAUUGCAAAUGGUUUCAUUUAACGCCGAACAAAUGGAUGCUGUUGCAAGGGCUCUUAGGAUUGUAGCAGAUGAAGUUUAUGAGCAACCCAAACUGGAACUUAUAUCCUAUGAGCCGGAGGAAGUAAUCGAACUUCUAAGUGAAUCGGAAAAUGCCGGCGAUGAGGAUGAUGGAUCGGAUUGUGAAAUAUUUGGAAAGAUGUGUGCAAAUAUAGAAGAAAUAUCGGAGAAUAAUACCGCAUACGUUGAAAAAUUUGAGCCCGAAGUUGAGCGAAUGGAUUCGGCACCUCAGGAAAGCAAUGUAAUUGUGGGAAAAUUUACUGAUCCAGCAGUUUUAAACAAUGAUAACUUUAUACCGCUUAAUGCAGGUUAUAAAGAAACGGGGGAACAAAGCACGUCGGGCCUAGACUCAUUUAAUGAAAUUAUAGAUUUGGAUGAUAGUGACAAUGAUUCAGUUUGCAGUGGUAAUGGUGCAAAUAAUAAUGUAUGUCCGAGCAAUGCUGAGCUGUCAGAUGAGGAUGUAAAGGAAAAAAAGUGUAUCGUUCUUUUAGAUGACGAUUCAAACGAUUCUAAUCAACAAUCGACAUCAAAGGAUGCAGGUCAUCAAAAAAAUUCACAUAAUUUAGACGCGUUUUUAAAUUACAUAUGCCCACAAUGUGGGGUUUCUUGUGGAAAUAUAAAAAAAUGGAAUGCUCACACGGAUAUUGUGCACAAUUUUCGUUCCAUAUCAAUGCUCAAUUUAAAGACAGUGAUAAGUCGACAAGGUCAAUUAUUAUAUGAGUGCAACACGUGUGAAAAAAAAUAUAUUUCAGAUGCUGCAUAUGGUAUUUUAUUAAAUCAUCGUAUUCAACACAUGACGAUACCAAACUUUUUGCGAUGUCGUUUGUGUGAGGAGAGAUUUUCUUCGCGUCCCUUGUUUUUAAAACACUUUAGAAAAGUGCAUAAAAAGAUUGCUUUAAACAAAUUAAGGCGCUCAGACUCAGCAAGAGGCCAUAUACGAUUCCUGUGCCCGAUUUGCAAGAAAAAAUCGGCAAACUUGCGAGAAUGGAAAAGCCACCUAGAAAUAGAACACGAUUGGGCCAAUAACCUAGACGAAAAAGUCAAUUUGAUUAGAGACAAUUUAGUAGAAUGCAAAACAUGUCUCGCCAUUUUUCGUUCAAAGCAUAGUCUUUGGCAUUUAGUGCGUCACGAGGAGCACAAUGCUUUUCAUUGCAAACUGUGCAAGGAACUGAGUUCAUAUAAUAUACAUAAAGUUGCUAAACACAUACGGAUUGAGCACCUUAAAGAGAAAUGCACACAGGAAUAUCGUUGUAAUUAUUGUGAUAAGGUAUUUUCAAACAAUCCUCGCCGGAUUUGUCACAUGAACGAAAUGCAUACAAUUCAAAAAUUAUCUUGUGAGAUAUGUGAUAAGGAAUUCAAUUCAAGCGCUCGCCUUUUGGCACACAUGGCUAAGUUGAACCACCAAAGAAUCAAAUAAACAUAUUCCGAUAUUUGUAUAAAAACAAAUGAAUGAAAACAGCAAAGAUUAUAAAUAAGUUAACGAAUUAUAUAGAAGUUUGCCAUAGGUUGACUAAGCUUUACUAUGACAUUAAAUAUAAUUUAUAGGAUUUAUUGUA